AUGACAUACGACUUCACGCGGUUGACGCAAGAGUUUUCGGACGAUGCUGCUGAGGAGGGCUCACGACCCAAAGCGCCUACACUAAGCAGAGCAUCUAGCUUUGACUCCAUUGACGAGGUAACUUUUUGAAA